AUGGCACCCACCAUCGGAGGUGUCCUCAAUGCCGGCAAGGGCUACUUGUCGGGCGCAGCUGGCUACGCCAAGCACAUGGCAACCCCCGGCCAACGGACCAUCAAGGCUACCUUCUCGCCCAUCGUCGGCGCUCCGCUGCCGCGCUCCGCCCACUCCGUCUCUGUCGUCAAGGGCCGUGCCUACGUCUUCGGCGGCGAGGUCACCGCUGGCCAGUUUGCCGACAAUGACAUGCACGUCGUCAUCCUGCCCUCGUCGGGCGUCUCCGAAGCCGACUACUACACCAUUUCCCCCAAGGCCGCCAAGGAGGAUGGCCCGGUCCCCGCUGCGAGGAGAGGCCAUACCGCCGUCGUCGUUGGCGACGACAUCUUCAUAUUCGGAGGCGAUGUCGACGGAACAGCCGAAGAAAACGGCAGGAUCUGGGUCUUCUCCACCUCGCGCAGCAACUGGACUGCGCUCGACCCUGCCAACGCGGACGCCCCCGUGCCUCCGUCGAGAGCCUUCCACGCUGGAACUGCGAGCGAAGAGCCGACGCCCAAAGAGACCAAGGCUGACCAGGCCAUCCUCCCCCAACAGCCUCCGGACCCUUCACAGACUGUGCCGGAACCGCCUGAGCCUGGUACCUGGGGAACCGUUUUCAUUUCCGGUGGUAAAGGUGCCGAUGGCGAGCUCAUCCAUGACCUCUGGACGUUCGAUAUUCGCUCGAGGAUCUGGAACAAGCUGGCCUCGCCGCCCGGCCCUGCUAGGGUAGGUGCUAGCCUUGUGUGUGUUGGUUCGCGUCUUUACCUCUUUGGCGGUGUCAACCCCACUGAGCCUGUCCCCAGUGGUGUUUCCCACUUUGAUGUCAGUGGCCUGUGGAGGUUCGCCGAGUCAGGCGGCCCUCCUGCUAGGACUCUCUCUGGCGAGUGGGAGACAAUCGAGCAUGAGGCAGAUGCCGGCCCGGCCGCCCGUUCUGGCGCCAUGUUGAUCGAAGUCACGACGGGCAAGUCCGGACACUACCUCCUGCUUGUCGGCGGGUUGAAGCCGGAUGUUCAAGAAGGCGGUCUGUCUUACCUCGAUGAUAUCUGGGCCUUUCAGCUUCCUACCACGGUCGCCGCUACUCCGGCGAAGGGCCCCGCGCAGAGCACGGUGAAGUUGGACACCAAGGACGCAAAUUGGACGGAAGUGCACUACCAAUACAUGAACGAAGAUGGAGACAUCGUUCCGGACAGGCCGGCAAGCUUGGCUGGAACGAAGGGUAUGGACGCACGCAUCGGCUUUGCUGCCACCAAGGGCACCGAGGUCGACGGUGCGAGCGUCAUUGUUUGGGGUGGCUCGGACGAAACCGGAAAGACCAUGGACAGCGGCUGGAUGAUCACUGUGGACCGGUGA